CAGCUGCAUUAUGCGUCCAACCAAUAGAAGCACAGCUCCAUCUUGGCUGUGCACUAGACUGCAUUACUAACAGACGAUACCAUCGCUUCAGCAGCAUCUUUCCAGACAAGAGGUACAAUUUCUAGAUUCAGCUCGAAGUUGACAGAAGAGGCUAAAGGAGACAGAAACACCCCAAACCAGAUUCCAAACAGCAGUAAACAAGUGGGGCCCAAGGAUGGCUUCUGGCCACUGGAACGAGACCACGCCCUCUGUUCACCAGGACCUGGGCUUCCAAGUGCAAACCAUCUACCCUUUCCACGACAACUGGAACACGGCCUGCUUUGUCAUCCUGCUUCUGUUCAUGUUCACCGUGGUGUCCCUAGUCGUGCUGGCUUUCCUCUACGAAGCACUCGACUGCUGCUGUUGUGCCAAGAACAAAACCGUGAAGGACUUGAAAAGCGAGCCCAACCCUCUCAGGAGCAUGAUGGACAACAUCAGAAAACGGGACAGUGAGGUGGUCUAGCCCUCCUCAGAAGAUAAACAAAAGCUUACAGCCCUCUGCCUCCUGAGGAAAAUGAAAAUUUGCUGAAGGCAACCCUUACGACAACACUGAUGCUGACUUUGAGUGGCUCAAAGAUUUCCAGUAGAAACCAAGUGAGAUAAGCACUUCUGUGUGUGUGUGUGUGUCCUUCCUUAAAUACACAGUUCAUGACGGGAACCUACCAGUCUACUAACACGGCAUCUCAAAAACUAGAUGAACUAUUCCCAGCACCCACUACUGGGAAUACUGAGCAGCAGUACUCCAGCUUCCAGGCAAACUACAAUAUAAGCAGAGCUAACUGCUAAAGUAAGUAACUUGUGCCUGGUCACACACAUUAAAAACAAGUGUUUAGAUAGUAAAAUCCUACUUAAAAUGUGCAGAGUAAAACAUUUCCAGGUCGGGCAGUGGUGGUGCACGCCUUUAGUCCCAGCACUCGGGAGGCAGAGCCAGGUGGGUGAGUUUGAGGCCAACCUGGUCUACAGAGUGAGUUCCAGGACAGCCAGGGCUGUUACACAGCCUGUCUUGGGGGGAGGGGAGAACAUUUCCACUACAGAGUCCCUUUGUUAUGGCAGGAAGAAGGGGAUGAGAUAGCCUUGAUAUGUAACCCAGGCUGACCUCAAUCUUGAAGCAACCAUACUGCCUCAGCCUCCAAAACGAUGGGAUCACAGGCAUGUGCCACCACGGCACAGAGUCCCUAUUUAUUAAAAUCCAGUAUUUUAAAACUGAUUGAAGACAGUAUUUUCUUAUUUUAUUUAUUUACUUUUGGUUUUUUGAGACAGGGUUUCUCUAUGUAGCCCUGGCUGUCCUGGAAUUCACUCUGUGUAGACCAGGCUUGGCCUCAAACUCAGAGAUCCACCUGCCUGUGCCUCCCAAGUACUGGGAAUAAAGAUGUGUGCCACCA